UGUUAUUAUUUAUUAAUCCCAGUUGGAAAAUCAAAUCGGUUCAGUGCGGUUAUGGUAUGCUCAUGGCGUUUCUGUGCUGAAAUUGCAGGUACCUGCUAUUUAGUUAAGCAACUCCGGUGUAAAAGGUGCUACACUCUUUUUCUGUUAGUCAAUAACUUGAUGUGUUAAUAUAGCUAUUUAGUCCAUAUUAAGAAACCUAGGUCAUUUUAUUUUCCAUUGGGUGCUGAUGCAUAUAUUGAAAACGCCGGCCUCGGCAUAGCUCGUUAUUCAAAUUUAUUUGUAGCUAAAAUCUUGCGGAUACUCAUAUGUCCACCUGAGCCCAUUUAAUUUGUUUCAGAUUGUAUUUGCUUAUCCAGUCGGUUCAUUUUGAUUAAAGACAAAGCCUCUUUAAGAGGAUCGUGUGAAAUGAGAUGAGUAAGAAAAACGUGUCGGAUCAGGAAGACUUGCCCUCCAAUCUGAAAGAGCUACAUGCGGGGCACGUACACAUGGCCUUAACGAUUUCCACACUUCUGCCGUUUUGAACGACGUCAGUAACCACGACAUUCUGCGGUAUGGCAUGAAAACUGCACCAUACGGCCUUAAUUUAUUCUAUUGUGAGGGGUGCCAGUAUUUUUUAAUGUAGUUCAGUUAUAUUUUCAUAGCAUAUGACUUCCUGUAACUUCAGUCUAUUGGGCCAACUGUACAUGUACACAUGCAUAGUCAUUCUUUAGUUUUCACGUAUCUCCAUCUGCAGCUUGGGGUCAGAGUGGCCAUGGGGAGUACCUGGAGAUUCGGGGCUGGUCCAGCUGCUCUUCACACCCUUUUAAAGUCCCAUAAAUAAAUGCUCGGGCUGGCUGAUCUGUCGUGUGUGCACCCCACCUCCCCAUGAGUACUGUUCGUGUCCUGCUCCCAGGAAUAAUGUUUAAAUUACAAGUCUCAGCAGAUCAGGAGCUGGAGCUGAGGCUGCUGACAGUGCAUUUUCCUGUCUCUGCCACAGCACGCCUCAGUCAGUCUGGGAGUCCAGAAGCUGGAGUGGACAGUGCUGAAGAGCCCAUCACAUCUCCCCACUUCGCUGAGCUGGGCCCCUCCCCAGAGUGGGAAUUGGGAAACAGGAGUGCCAUAAUGGGAGAAGAGGACAAGGAUGGGGCAGAGUCGAGGAAGGAGCAGUGCAGGUGGAGGCUAGAGAGGCUUCUUGGGAGCAAUGGUGCAGGGUUCGAGGUGGAGACGCCUCGAGCCGCAGACAGCAUCCGUACAGAGGACUUUGCCACCCUGUUCCAGCAGAUGAUGGUGAAUCCCCUCACCCAACAGGAUUUGGGUUACAGAGGAACCACAGGGAAGGAAUGUCUGAUGAACUACAAGGAACAAACAUUAGGGGGCGACAUGUUACAGGUGCUUUACAACCAGAGCAAGCAUGUGGGCCCUUCUUACUCCCCCCUUACAUUAAUGGGGGAUGAUUCUCACCCCUCAGGAGGGAUUCAUCCAAUCCGCACAGAAGUCUCCAAGAUCCUCUCAGACAAGGUAGAGCGCCAUCAUCUGGCAGCUAAUGCCAAUGAACCCCCUCAUGCUAAGGGGAAUGAUUGCAUGACAAACCCCAAGUAUCCGGCCCCGAAGUUCAUAUGUCUUGUGGAAUCAGGAGAGCAUGCUGGGGCCCUCAAAGACCAUGACCAGAAUAGUGAAAUGGACAUCACCUCUGAGAAGGACAGCCCUGGGACAACGUAUAAAGUCUCAGCCUGCCAUGGCUUGACCCCAUUCUCAGAUGUGACCUUUGACCUCUCGAACAACCACACUCAUCGUUCCAAAUCCCCUCUUAGAGGUGCAGACAUUACCCAGUGCACCUUGCACAGGCACAGACUACUGGAUGGAGUGAGUGAAGACACCAGGGACCCCUUACCAGUGGGAAGGUUGAGGUGUAACUCCUCCUCUUUUGUGAGCAACAGCGUGGUCUCUCCUGCAGUCACGAGUAAGACGGCUUUUGAACUUGGGCCCCCCCGGAGCUGCAGCAGAGUUGUGCGGACAGAGUCCCAGUGCCGUCUCAGUACCACAGGGGCCCAAGAGGAGCGAGGCCACGAGGGCCAAGGAGUUCCUUAUGCAACCCCCCGAGUCCGGUGUCUGGCAGGGGUUCCAGUGCCCAGCUUUGACACAGUGACCAUCGACAGUGACUUGGACUCAGUGCAAACCGACCAGGUCUGCGAGCACCUCCACAGUGCCCUCACCAGCAGUGCAGCCUGGUGCAUCCGGGUAGGUGAGCUGAGCUGUGACCAGAGUCACCUGGACUCGUACAUCCUGGGUCAAAGGCCCAGACCUGGGGGAGUGCCCGAGUCCAGUGGGGAGGUUUCAUGCAGAACCCGGCUGACCCGAAAGUCCCAUCCCACCAGAAGGGGGUCCCUCAGGACUCGGGGUAUAUCUGCCUGCAUCCCGCUGUCAGGCGACAAUGAGGACAGUGUUAACAUAGGCACAGAGGAGGGGGGCCACAGCACCUGGCAUGUCUCCCCGGAACAGAGCUCUGGGGAACCGGGGACACAGAGCUGCGUCCCCUUAAGACGACAGGCCAAACAGGACGUGGGGGAGCAUUUCUCCAGGGUGGCUGAUGGAUGGCUGGAGGGAGCUGGAUUGGACAGUUUGCCACUAGAGGGGGACCUUUGUGCUCUUAGAAGGGACUGUUCUAGAGUGGAGGAAAGGUUGGAACAGAAGAGAGCCCAGCUACGUGAAACAGAGCUGUCCCUCAGUGUCCUGCUGAAGAAGAAAGAGCAUGCACUGCAGGAGCUCCGGUGUGUGCAGGCAGCAGUGGAGCAGGCAGAGAGGGAGGCAUGGGACCUGGAGGCCAGCCUGAGUGAGAGGAGGAGGCAGGCAGAGGUCGCCAGCAGGUGGCAGCGGUGCUCCCCGCAGCUCCAGACGGGCUGUGUGCAGGAGAGCCCUGGCUGGGAGGAGGAGCUGCCUGCUGUGGAGAAGAUGCAGGCUGUUGCGUCCAGUGCUCUGGAGAGGGAGGAGGCCGAGCGGCAGCUGCACAGAGCCAAGGCAGAGCUGUUUGCCACACAGCGCCGGGCCAGAGACCAAGUGGAGGCACUGCAGGAGCGCUUGGAGGAGCUGCAGCAGGAGUUGGACCUGCAUGUGGAAAGCGAGCAGGCCCUUAGGGAGAGAUGCUCCUGUUUGGAGGAGCAGCUGCGAGGCACAUCGACACAGCAAGAGGGGCAGGAGAACCAACCGGUACCUGGCAGUUCAGAGCAGACCCUGGAAGCUCGGCUGCAGGGGCUGCAAUUGGCACUGGAGGAGAAGGCUGGCUGGGCAGAGGCGUUGGAGUGUGUCGUGACCCAGAAGGAGCUGCAGUUGAUGGGGGCAAAGGCUGAGAUCCGGACCAUGAGGGAGGAGCAGUCCGCCAAGCUGAGGGAGAUGCGGGAGCAGGCGCAAAGGGAAAAGGAGCAGAAGUUGGAGCUGCUGAAAUCGGAGCAGGCUUCUAUCAGGGAACAGGAAAUUCAGCAGGCCCAGCGUCAGGCCGAGGAGGCACAGCUGAAGACCCUGAGGGAACAGGCUCUCACUCACCACCAGCACAUGGAGGCCACACACGGCUGCAUGCAGCUGAAAGAUGAGGAGCUGAAGAAGCUGGUAGCAGCCCAGGAGCAGCGGGUGGAGGAGCUGCAGAUGGAGGCUCGGGAAAUGCUUCAGCAAGCCAUAGAACAGGAGCAGAAGAAGUGGGAGACAGAAAAGGAGGAGAUCCAAAGGCAGCAUGACUUAGAGAAGGAGCAGGGCCAGCAGGCGGUGGAGAGAGCAAAAGAGGAGGCCGAGAGAGAGCAGAGGAAUGUCCUGAGUCAGCAGAAGCAGAUCAUGCAGCUGCAGCGCGAUAUAAAGGAGCUUGAGGCUGAGGGGUGGCGGCUGCGGCGGGAGCAGGCAUCUGCGCUGACCGAAUUGCGCAGGACUUUCAUGGAAGAGCAGCAGGCAGAGCUGCAGAGGCUGUCCAGACAUGCAGAAAAGGAGCGACACAAGGAGGUGCGCCAGCUCCAGAAGGCUCUGGAUCGGGCCAAAGUAGAUGCCAGUGGCCUGCAGGGGGUGCUGUUAGAGUGUAAACAGACUCAAGAGGAGGAUGCAGCCAAGGUGGAACAGCAGCACAAGGAAUGGGCUCUGGCACUUGGGGUGGAAUGUCAGCGCCUGCAGGAGGUUUUUGGGCCUGCGGAGGGUGCUGUAAACCUCCAGAGCAGUCCUACAGUGGCCCAGGCAGUGCAAACAGUGCAGGCACUGGGCGAUCAGCUCCGUGCACACAUCUCCCAUCUGCGACAGGAGCUGGACUCGCAGAGAGAGGCCACACAGCGCCUGAUGCAAGAUAAGGAGCGUGAGCUGCAGAGACAAAGGGACCUGCUUGCAGUGGAGAAGGAGCAGACUUUGACCUCACUAAGGCAGCAUCUGAUUCAGGAGCACAUGGAAGAGCUCAGCAGUCUGAAGCGAAAUUGGCUACGCAACAGCAGCCAUGGGGAAGCGGGUGGUCUGAUCACAUCGCUACGGCGACAGCUGCAGGAUAAAGAUGAGGAGCUGCGGGAGGUGCAGAGGAACAUGGGACACUGGAAGGAGCAGACCACGGCUCGGCUGGCGCGCAAGUUUGAGGAAGAGAUGAUGGCCGAGCUGGAAAGGAGAGUCCCAAGGACAAACAUGGAUAAGUACACUCAGCUACAGCGAUGGGAUGAUGAGAUGCAGAAGGGGCCUGCAGGCCUGCUCUCUGCUUCAUCGCCAUCCCUCCUCUUCAGCGAUCCCUGUAGCGUGCCUAUAGCCCCAGGCCUGGGUUCCCUGAAGCUGCUGAAGCACCUGCGAGUGCGAGUCAGGCAGCUCCGCUCCGAGAGCUGGGCUCACACCAGUACCCCUGUACAGCGGGCCACAGCGGGAGACCUGGCGGGCUCCUACCUGGAGACGGUGUGCACCCUCCGAUUGACUACAGCCAUCGCUGCCCCUCUUAGCGCUGUGGUUUCCCCUGACUCUGAUUUGCAAUUAUAAUCCACCUGUUAUGUUGAAAAUGAACCUAGUUUAGUCAUGAAAUCAUAUAUAGGUAACAUCCAGAAUAAGGAAACCCUCCAAAAUGACUGAGCACUAGGCCAUCAUAAUAGCUUCCAUGCACUUGGGCAAAAAGCAAGCAAAUUCUUUGAGGAACGAGGUUUCAUUAUUCAAGAUUUAGUUAUUUCUCCUGGCAUUCAUAGACAAAAUAACCGGCUUCAGUUUGUACACAUCUAACCAACCAGCUUAUUUAGUGCUUCUUGUGAUAUGUCAACACUAAUACUUGUGUUUGGUGCCAGCAGAUUUCCCCAGCACUGGAGAGGAACCGAUCCCACACUAGGAUGCUCCAGAGUUGAUACAGACUCCUCCAACCACAAGUGGGCCUAGAUAAACACAGACAAAUUGAGGAUCCUCAUCAGAUUACGCUUCAUAGCCCUAACCCUCCAUGCAUGAAGUUCUUCACCUUUCAGUGCAUGCUGCUCUGAAGGCUGCA